AUGGACGAUAACGACGAUCGGGAAGUCGCGAUACUAACAGCUUAUCGAAAACUUGGCUCGCGACGAGUCGAUCUCGUUGGAGAUUAUGCUGGCAACGAGUUGUUUGUUAUCGAUGGCGAUUCUAUGCUUCUGCGAUGCUUUAGUGAUUCCAAACUGGAUUUCACCUAUGGCCUACAACUGCUUCAUGCGGUCUACAAUGUCGAAGCAUUUCUACACAACCUCAUACAGCGCAAAUGCUGCUUCCAUGUCGUCUUCUUGGAGAGCAACAAACACCUCUGUGUGCCAGCAACAGUCCAGGAAGAGAACCAGAGCAAGUACCUUUUUGCAAGAGCCGUCAUAAUUCGCCACCUCAUCACCUCGUUACCACAACUCCAUCCUGAGAUCAAAGUAUCUACUUUUGACGACUGGCGCUCGGUGGAUUUUGCCGACUAUCUCAAGACUCACUCCCCAUAUUUUCUUAUGACACAUGAUGGUGCACAGAAAGUUGAAUAUGAAAAUAGCGAGCAGGAAGUCACACCUGACGAGCACUACAACCAGCAGAAACUUGCCUUUAGAGAGAUGAUCAUCUUCCUCGUUCAACGUGGUUACAACGUUGCUCUGGUCAAUGAAUUGGACUGGCGGGACACGAAAGUUAUGGCAGUUGUGCUGGAAACACGUCGGCAAGCAGCACUGGCCUCAAUGGACAUGCCACUUCAGGCAACCACUCAGCAACCAGAAGAGCAGCACAUAGCCAUGAAAGACUUCUCGUUGUCACAUUCAGAUCUGACUGAACGAGAGCGCCUUGCGAUUAUGGUUGUCAGCAAGCUGCUUCAAAAUAUAGUUCCUUCUACCACAAAAGAGGAAUGGACAGAGAUGUGCUCAAUAUUUCUGCUACACGAGGCCCUGAUUACUCAUCUUCCUCUCAGCUCCCGAAGACUGGACACCGUACCCGAAGACUCGAUUGCCUCCCUAUUUCUCCGAUCUGUGGUAGCAACAGCAAUUCCUCUACUCGAGAAUUUGGUGGCAACAUCGGAGGAUAUCUCAACACAAGGACAAUGUGACGUCGCUGACCUUAUCGACGGUCGUCUAUUCCUGUAUCUCUGUCACAACUCCGUGCAAUAUACAUCAGACAUCGAAAGAACAUACAAAAAGCUUUUGCAAGCUGUGAAAGAGGUAGAAGGAACUCACUUACAGCCUGCCGGUGACUGCGAGUCGCAAAGUCGGACCUUAGCGAACCCCUCUCAAGAUCGCCCUUCCAAAGACACUAGCGUACGGUUGUCAGUGCUGCCAUUCAGCAGUCCUGUAUUUGACAAGCAUCUGGAGUCAGUCCGCAUUCGAGUUGAUGCAGGUGCGACUAACAAACCAACUCUCGAGUCUCGUAAGAUAUUCAAGGAAGUUUCGCAUUGGCACAAUGCAAAGAGACCUUUGGUACAGAAAGGUCCAGCUCCAACGAUGACAUCCUGGCAGGUCAGUCGAGCCGCCAGGAGAAAUCAACUGUUCAUGGCCGAAAUGGCGGUGUAUGCUGCAAGUUUGACGAACGCUGUCGGAAGAAGCCUCGAGCCAGAGACUAUCAUUGUCGGGUCUACAGGGAUGUCUGGCAAGCCUACCGAAACCCCACUGCCACAACCGACAUCGUCUUCCAAGAAGGAAGCUCCGAAAAAGAGUGGCGGAGGAGGCAAGACGAAUGCGAAGAAUGCUCGAAAACAGGAUAUGCUCGAUCAGUUGGCUGCCAGUAAAGCCAAGAAGGUCGAUGCAGCAGACGAAAAGGUGAUCAGUGCAUGGCAUACCGUAUGGAAAGGGUUUGCUGUAGAGCCCGAUCCAGCGGCACGGUAUACUAAGUCGCAAAUCUAUCUCCAGAGUUUACAGCCUAGUUGGCGUGACAUUGUUGGUCCAGAAUGCGAGCUCUAUAUGAUCAGCUGUCUUGCACAGAUCUGGGUCGAAUGUUCUCGGACCGGGCAACAGAAACAAGCUUUCCAUAUUGCUGCUCUGAUUUGGAAUCAUGCUCAGAACAUUUCUCAGGCAGCUGACCUACCGGAUUCAAUAAUCAAGGGUCUCGGUAUUGUCGUUGACACACUUACUCUGCCUGGAGUAAGGUCGAUGCAAGCGUCCUCCAAAGAUAGGAAGCUGCCAUUUUCAUUGAACAUUCAAGCUCGAGCUCCUGGCCUAUCCAUCAGCAUGCCGUCGAAAGAUUUCCAGAUUCUACAUUGUGGUCCUUUUCUCGAGCGCUCUUUCGAUUCCAAAGCAGAUCCUAGAGUCGACUUCCGACCUGAUGGCUGGCAGAGUCGAGUCUUGGACAGCAUCGAUGCAGAUGAGAGCGUGUUUGUCGUUGCACCAACCAGUGCGGGAAAGACAUUCAUUUCCUUCUACGCGAUGCGGAAAGUGCUCCAGGCUGAUGAUGAAGGUGUCUUGGUUUAUGUAGCACCUACUAAGGCGUUGGUCAAUCAGAUCGCUGCCGAAAUCCAGGCUCGAUAUUCCAAAUCAUUCAAGCAUGGAGGCAAAUCCGUUUGGGCCAUACACACAAGAGACUAUCGAAUCAACAACCCAUCUGGGUGUCAAGUCUUGGUAACGGUUCCUCAUAUCCUCCAGAUCAUGCUACUGGCACCAUCUAAUGCUAGAUCCUGGUCAAAUAGGGUCAAGCGUAUCAUCUUCGAUGAAGUACAUUCCAUCGGCCAGGCAGAGGACGGUGUGAUAUGGGAACAACUCCUUCUCAUGGCACCUUGUCCUAUUAUCGCACUCAGUGCUACGGUUGGCAAUCCGGGCGAAUUCAGUCAGUGGCUAACCUCCACUCAAGCUGCUAUGGGUCACAAGCUCAAUAUGGUACAACAUCCCUAUCGCUACUCUGACCUUCGCAAGUAUUACUUUGUGCCCCCAAAACAAUUCAGCUUUGGCGGUCUUUCCAGUAGAACUCUGCUGAAUGAGUUGGGCCUUGAAGGUUUGCCUAGCUUGAACUUUAUCCAUCCUGUUGCUGCGUUGGUUGAUAGAAGUCGUGGUAUACCAGAGGACCUUGCUCUCGAACCUCGUGACUGUUACCUGCUCUGGCAAGCCAUGAUCAAAGUUCAGAACAAGGAUUAUCCGGUACCAAACAAACUCGAUCCACGGCAAAUCUUGCCAAACAUCUCUCGCAAGGUUGACGUUCUGAAGUGGGAGCACGAGUUGAAGGCCACGCUGAAAGAUUGGAUUGAGGACAUGUCUUCACCCUACAUGCAACUAGUCCACGAGCUCGAGAAGAGCUUUGUGAACGAGAACCGCGAAGAUCUUUAUGCUACCCGACAAGACCACUCUAGCCUUGAGAAGAAAGUGCUGGACGAAGAGGAUUUUAUUGGAUCGACUCUGUCAUUAUUGUCGAGAUUACACGAGCGGGAUGCUCUUCCGGCGAUACUAUUCAACUAUGAUCGCACGCAAUGCGAGCAAAUAUGCCAAGCUAUUGUGGGUCAAUUAAAGGAAGCCGAGAUAUCUCAAGUAAAGAGUGGCCCGAAGUGGGAAAAGAAACUUGAGCAAUGGGAGGAGUGGAAGUCGCAGAAGGAGAAGUUACUAGCCAAAGGAUCAAAAGCAACUGCUAAGAAGUCAAAGAAGAAAGGCAACGAUGACGAUGGUGAUGGAGGGGAGAGAGAUGACGAGAAGGUGUCGAAGCUUGAUAUGCAACGUGUUGGUGGUGCUGCUGACUAUGACAAAUGGAAUGCUUUCAACCCUGAAUCACCAAUCGAUGGCUACCACUUCGCGGAUCUCUCAAAAGCACAAUUAUCCGAGCUAGAGAAGUACUCUGGGCAACUCAGAAAGCGUGAAGUCCAGGAGUGGCUGAUUGAGGCACUCGCCAGAGGUAUCGGUGUUCAUCAUGCUGGUAUGAACAGAAAAUAUCGCCAGGUCGUGGAAAUCCUGUUCCGAAAACGAUUUCUUCGAGUCGUCGUUGCGACAGGCACGCUUGCCUUGGGUAUCAACAUGCCUUGCAAGACUGUCAUUUUCGCAGGUGACUCGGUUUUCCUUACUGCGCUCAACUACCGGCAAUGUGCAGGUCGCGCUGGUCGACGAGGCUUCGAUCUUCUUGGAAACGUCGUUUUCCACGGAGUGUCGCGACAGAAGGUCAGUCGCCUCAUUAGCUCACGACUUCCUGAUCUUAACGGGCAUUUUCCAAUCACUACAACGUUGGUGCUUCGGCUGUUCACCUUGUUGCACGAAUCCAACAAUUCCAAAUAUGCGGUGGAUGCUAUCAACUCGUUGUUAUCCCAGCCUCGACUCUACAUGGGUGGGGAAAGCUUCAAAAGCCAGACAAUGCACCAUCUGCGUUUCUCGAUUGAAUAUCUGCGACAACAGGAGCUCCUGGGUAGUGACGGUGCGCCGUUGAACUUCGCUGGAUUGGUCAGCCAUCUGUACUUCACGGAGAACUCUUCAUUUGCUUUCCACGCUCUUCUGAAAGAAGGCUAUUUCAACGAACUCUGCUCUGGAGUUCGAGAGAAAGAGCAAGAGACCCUUGAGACACUUAUGCUUGUCAUGGCUCAUUUGUUCAAGCGCAUCCUUUGCCGCCGAGCAGACGCUGAGUACCGUGAGAAGGUUGUCAAGCCUUCCUCAUCGAUGGUGUUCCUCCCUCCACUUCCUGCAAAGGCGGCGAAGAUCCUGCACGACCACAACGAACAGACUCUGCAAGUCUACAGGACCUACGUCAGGACCUUUGUGGACCAGCAUAUCAAGAUUGCUGACAACAAACUGCCGCUCACAGGAAUGCAGUUCGGAGACACUGAGCAGAAACUGGGUGGUGCUAUCCAUUCUCUGCCUGCCACGACAGUUCGAUCUUCUUUCGUUGCACUUUCCGGUGCAGGCGAUGACUUUAAUUCCAUUCACGACUUAUGCUCCACUACGAGAUCUGGUGUCUUCCUCGAAGAGGCAGUAAUACCCUACAUGCAAGUGUUUCCCGACGACACGGAAGUUCCUCUCAAUGCAUGGCUUGUCGACUUCUUCAAGCACGGAGACGUUCAUACAUUGGAACGAGCCAACGGUGUUCGUCGAUCAGACAUCUGGUUCCACCUUAACGACUUCUCGCUAGUACUGGCCACCAUCGUCACUAGCUUACUGAACUUUAUGAAAUUGAAGGAUGGAUCCGACAUGGACAUGUUGGACGUCAAAGGUGGAAUGGAUGUGUACGAAGAAGUUCAGGAAGACAAUGUCGCUAUCGCUCAAGAUACGUCAGACGGCUCAUCGACAACAUCAAAGGAUACUCUAGUCGAAACGCAACCACAGAAGUCGACUCGUACUGUUUCGAAGAAAGCCAAGGUCGCAGAAUCUUGGGAUGACGAAGUGGAUGAGGAUGAUGAGAAUGAGAACGAUGGAACAUCGGAUGUUAGUGAUGACGAUACAUUGGUCGAAGAACUCCGUGCAUGGAACGUUGAAGAGGGCAAAGGUCUUCCAGAUGUAUUGCUAGCAUUCCAGAAGUUGCAAGGUGUUUUUGAUGUGAAGUUCAAGGCAAUGUGGGCAUGA